AGGAACACACAAUGAAGAAGCUGUUGAGCAGGACACAUUCAAACGAAACGACUCCCAGCCAAUUUGUCUUUACUCCGGCCAAGACAAGCUCAUCUAUGAAAGCAUUAAAAUCACCGAAAAUUGAGAAUGGUGACGACAACAACAACAACAACAACAACAACAACAACAACAACAACAACAACAACAACAACAACAACAACAACAACAACAACAACAACAACAACAACAACAACAACAACAACAACAACAACAACAACAACAACAACAACAACAACAACAACAACAACAACAACAACAACAACAACAACAACAACAACAACAACAACAACAAAAUAGCCAAUGGUCAUGGUGGGAACAAGGCAACGUAAAAUGGAGAAGGCGGCGAAAAGAAACAGAAAUUUGUUCGGCUUAGAAACUGGAUCACUGGGAAGCAAAUUACAGACACACUUCACCAGCAAAAGUCUGACGUAAGGGCCUGUUCAUAUAUUACAUUAUUCCCAUUGGGGCUUUUCAGUGACCGAUUACAUCAAGUAUUACGCUCAUGUUACUCAGCCUAGACUAUUCUAUCUUUACAACAAUUGUGAUAUUACUUUCUUAACUGCGUUUAUCCUAACCCACCCUGUCAACUUUCCCUGUGGGAGGAAACUGGAGCGCCCGGAGAAAACCCACGACUUUCGGCAGAGCGUUGACUGACUCUUUUCACAUGAGUUCGUAGUGAGAAUCGAACCCACGAUCUCAGAGGUGAAAGGCGCUCCUUCUGACGAUCUAACUGGGAAACUCACUUGAAGCCUGGUUCUCACCAGCAAUUUCGUCGGCGAUUUUUUCUCCUCCUGGCGGAUGUGACUGAAUGAAUGACAUGCAAAAGACUUAGAAAUGUAUAGGUCCAAAACGCGAUUCCAUACUUUUGGCUGCGAGUUCACUCGAUGGCAUUUGCCAGAAGGAGAAAAUCGCCGAAAAUUGCUGGUGUGAACCAGGCUUGAGUAAGAUUCGUAUGACCUUUGUUAAUGGCUGAUUUACACUGUCAAAAUGUAAGUUUUGAAGGAUUUGUACAGAAUUUUUGAGGGAACUGAUUGGGUGUUAAACACUGUGUCGGUUCCCUCUCACAUUUCUUAAUUUUACCUUUGCAAAAUUCCUGUUGUGAUCACAGAAACGUUUAUAGUGUAAACGAGACUUAAGAAAUGUGAGGGAAGUGAGUCGUGUGUUAAACACUAAGUCAGUUCCCUCAAACAUUUCUUAAUUUUCUAGAAUUUACCUAUGCAAAAUUCCUAUUGUGAUCACAGAAACUUUGAUAGUGUGAACGAGACUUAAGAAAUGUGAGGGAAGUGAGUCGUGUGUUAAACACUACACUAAGUUAGUUCCCUCAAACAUUUUUUACAAAUCCUUCAAAACUUAGAAUUUACCCAAUCAUGCAAAAUUCCUGCUGUGAUGACAGAAAUUUUGAUAAUGUAAACCACUACUUUGUAUCUCUACAGCUUUGAAACCAAGUUUAAGGUAUAUAACAUAUUCAAUUUGUGUUCAUACGAAAAGCGAGCAAGCCUGCAAGUGAGAUAAAAUUUUCCAUACGAACGCUUUGGUGUGCAAAUUCGAACGUAAAUUUAGUAUUGAAAAGCAUAUAUAGUUGGAAAAUACAAACAAAAAAUUAACAUUAAUAGAUCUGAACAGACACUAUUAAUUAAAGUCCUGCAUUUUUGGUUAAUUACAACACAAAUAUUUCAACGUCAUGUUUACAUAGUCAUUGGUCACUGGAUGAAGUUUUGAUCAAGCCCUAGGUCUGGAUAAAGUUUUGAUAAAGUCCUACGAUCACUGGGUGAAGUUUCAUUAAGUCCUAGGACUGGAUGAAGUUCGAUCAAGUCCUAGGACUGGAUAAAGUUUUGAUCCAGUCCUAGGGCUGGAUAAAGUUUUGAUCAAGUCCUAGGACUGGAUGAAGUUCGAUCAAGUCCUAGGACUGGAUGAAGUUUGAUCAAGUCUUCGACCGAACUUUAUCCAAUCGUUCGACUGGCCCCAAAUUUUAUACAAACUAAUACAAACGUGACAAUUCUAUUUAGCUAUCACAUUGUGAUGAGCAUCGCUGCAAGGGCUCCAUUAUGUUUCCAAGAAAAAUAUCUCAAACGGAGAGUUGAUGCCGAAAGAAGUGGCGAAAAAAGAUGCUGUGGAUUCUCUUAGACAAUAUUACGCUUCUUUGAAAAAGUAAGUAAGACAGUUAGUCUUCUUCACGCCCAAAGGUCGCGGGGUUCGAUUCCCACCGUGGUCAGGCAAACUUUUCAGCUUGCCCGGUGUGGAUGCACAUUCAUUUGGCGAAACAUCACAAACAAAAUACAACUUGAUUUCAGAGAGGACACUCCGGCACAUAGCACAAGAGUACAGCAAGUUUUAAAAGAGAUCGAAGACAGAGGAACGUACGAAAUGGAUGCAAAAGAACUUGUGUUUGGUGUAAAACUGGCAUGGAGAAAUGCCCCCAGAUGUGUGGGCAGGAUCCAAUGGAAUAAAAUACAGGUAGGCGGGUGGGUCUGUGUUUUUGCUAGAGCAGGUACAGUGGGUAAGUAGUUGGUUUACAGUAGGUAGGUGGGUGAUUAGGUUAGAGUGCUUGUGUUUGGUGCUAAACUAGUGUACAUAAAUGGCCGCGGUGUGUGGGGAGGAUCCACUGCAGUAACCUACAACAGACGAAAAUAGCUCGUCAUGUGUUUAAGGGUUUUUGUAAAUGGUAAUUGCAAGUGUAAAUUUUACACAUUUCAGACCUUACUCGACAACGUCACAGCGCCGGUGACGAUGCAUCUAGAGGACAACUUAGCAAUCUAUGCAUAAUAUAACUUAUGUAAACAAAGCAACUUUUCUAAAACUUUAUAAUAAUUUUGUAUUAAAAUGGUUAAUUUUUGCGCUGUAUGUGGUUGUUGCACCUGAAUAGAUAUUGUUAGGGAGCAUUUGGAGGACACUCUAACACUCCUGGUUAGGUCUAAAUAUGUAUAAAGUUUACACCAGUAAUUUUUAUCUACAAAAAUAUUUUAUCAUUUGGUUCUGUCGGGUGGGGUUCUCGGACUCUUGUUUUGUAUUUACACUAAGACCGAAGAUCUGUCAGACGGAUGACGCGAAUUGACUUGACGGACUGGUUCGUCUCUAUAGAAUAUUAAAUCUGAUCGUUAUUAUAAUAUCAUUUAUUAUAUACACAAGGUCUGGAUAUGAGGCAGCCUAGACCUAGGCCUUCUAUUUUUAUUUAUAUUUUUUUAAUAUUCAGCGCUUUUUCACAUGAAAAGACUGGGACUAGGUAGUUUGGGGGCGGGGCGGAGGAAGGACACAAGCCUGACGCAAGCGAAAAUAUAGAAGGCCUAGUGGAUUUCCCAACAACAAGGCCAAAACUGCCCUGAAACUGCCCUGAUUGCGAAAUGCCCAAUUGUUGCGUUCUCAAACAGAAUUAUUUGCAACUUAACAGCGAAUUUAAACCAAUACAGGUAAAAUAAACUCAUUUAUAGUAUAAACUUACUAUUUUUAUUUGUAUACACGUCUAGAAAAUCGGGGUUUUUAUCAUAAAGUUUGAAGCAACACUAUUUAUAUUAUGUUGACAAGGUGAAGCGAAAGCACAAAAUAAUAAUUCUUUUCUUCGCAAGACAAUCUACUGUUUUGCUUUGAAUAACUAUAUUUGCGAAUUGGGAAUGAGGAUUUUGAAAUUAUUGUUCAAAUAUUACGGAUAUACCAUUUGUAAACAAUGUACGUUUUUAUAUACAGUACUGUACGGGCUAAUAACAUAUGUAUCCGUUUUAUUUAAUAAAUUAUAAUUGUAUAUGUGUUUGUAUAUUUUACAAACACAAGACUGCUUCUUGCCAAAAUUGAGAAAAUAUAUAUUAAUGUAGUUGUGUAUAAGACAAAAUUUCAUGAAAGAUUCUACUUUUGGUAUAUAUUUUGACUCAUUUUGUGCUUUCGCUACACCUUGUCAAGAUAUUAAAUAUUAAAUAGUGUUGCUUCGAACUUUAUGAUAAAAACCCCGAUUUUCUAGACGUGUAUACAAAUAAAAAUAGUAAGUUUAGGCCACAUAAAAAAAAAUAGUUGGUUAGCGUCCUUAGCUUUUGCCAAAAAGUGGGCGGGCGGGCGCUUUUUUUUUAAUUUUUACUAAUUUUUAACGCCUUGGUUUUACUCACUGUUAGGUUCGAAACUGGAUUUUCUUGCGCAGUACAGAUAUUUUUUUAUAUAUUUCAAAAUAUGAUUCAUACCGUCAUUUUCGUACGCAAUUUCGCAAAUUAUUAACACAAUUGACUACAGUCAACUUAAAUACUACAUAUAUUAGAGCCCGUUGAUCAAUAAAAGUUGGGUUUUUUUAAAAUAAAAAAUAAAAAAAAAUCCUGAGCGGGGCCUUUUUUGUGGGCGGGCGGGGACGCUAACCAACUAUUUUUUUUAUGUGGCCUUAUACUAUAAAUGAGUUUAUUUUACCUGUAUCGGUUUAAAUUCGCCUUUAAGUUGCAAAUAAUUCAGUUCGAGAACGCAAUAAUUGGGCAUUUCGCAACCAGGGCAGUUUCAGGGCAGUUUUGGCCUUGUUGUUGGGAAAUCCACUAGGCCUUCUAGGCUUGCUUCCUCCGCCCCGCCCCCAAAUUACCUAGUCCCAGUCUUUUCAUGUGAAAAAGCGCUGAAUAAUAAAAAAUAUAAAUAAGACUAGAAGGCCUAGGUCUAGGCUGGAUAUGAGGUAUUCUGCAAUCCGAUUGGUUCUCUACUAGCAGGAUAUUAGCUCAUAUACUACAAAAAACAAAAUGGUGGCUCAAACUGAAUUUCAGAUUUUUGCGAACGAGAAAACGACAAGUUGUUCGCUUUUUAUAGCCUUUACAGAAUUAAAAACACAAUGAAAAAACUCCCACAAAUUGUUUACAGGUUAGCAAAUGAAUUUUUAAAAUUUAAAAUGGUUAAACAUAUAUGUUUUUGAAGAAAUAAUCGGCCGAAAGAGCGACGAUAAAAACAUGACCAUAAACAAAAUAGAAAAAUAUUGAAAAUAUCCGAAAAGCAAAGUCUGUGAAUCCAGACCUUGUGUAUAUAAUAAAACAGUUAUUCCACUCACUCUCGUCGAAUAUGAGCGAUAGCCACAGCUCAUAUUCGACUCGAGUUCGUAGAAUAACUGUUAAAUAUCUGAAUAUAGGUGUUCGACUGCCGAGAUGUCUUCAACGCCCAGCAAAUGUUUGAAGCGAUAUGCAAACACAUCAAAUAUGGCACCAACAAAGGAAAUCAAAGGUAAAUAUUAGAAAAGAUUUCAUGUAUGGUUAAUAUCAGCCAUCGUUAAAUCUUGUUCUUAUUUUAAUGAGCAAUGAAAGUUGAAGAAACUCUUAUGCAAACUCUAAACAGGUUUAAGCAGGGUAAUUUAGGAAACUUACAUCUACAUUGACAAGGAAAGCAGUGCAAGUUUUACGCAACAAAUUUGAGCAAUAAAAACAUAAACAUUAAACAUCCAAAGCAAACUUGAAUGCUCUAUAUUUUACGAUUUCCCAUGGUAAAUCAAUUCUUCUUAUUUCUUCAAAGCAAAAUUGCUUGAAAGCUCAUUGUAUGAAACAAUUUUCCAAAUACAUGUUUUUGAAAAUGGAAAUCUUGCUUAUCCCACUCGAGCUCCUAUACGAACAGACAUAUUUUUGAGAUCACUGAGGAUGAUCACCCACACACGAUGAAACAUAUAGCCACGCGGCCGCGAUUAUUGAUGAACUUGACUUCGCUAAUGCUUUCCUUUCCCCGGGUGUAAAUAGCCGAUCGAGCGGAAUUAGUACCCUCGCUAUCGUCUAAUAUAAAGUAAUUAUAAAUUUAGAUCAGCCAUCACGAUAUUUCCUCAGCGACAAGGCCCGGGGAGGGACUUCCGGGUGUGGACGGUCAGUUUAUCAAGUAUGCUGGAUAUAAACAGGAGGAUGGCUCAAUCAUUGGAGAUCCAGCCAGUGUCGAGUUUACUGAGGUGAAGUCAACCUUAUCAGUUUUAUCUACAGGUUAUAAUUUCAUGUCCUAUAGACAAUUAUAUCUACCACUAAAUAUGCCAUCAAUAAAACAUAAAUAACAUUGACUGAAACCUGACUCUCAAACAAUCCUGUACCCGAACGAUCACAUGCAACUGAGACGACACAGCAACUACAUGUUGGUCGUAGGAAUUAAAUCCUGAUCGCAGAGGUGAACAGGGAAGGAUUUCCUGGGGGUAUGCGGAGGAGGGGGGGGGGGGGGGGCUACUAUCCUGACGAAAUCCAUUUUUAUCGAUUUGGAAAGGAAACUACAAAAACCGGUUCAUCUGUUCAUGUUUGAGUUUGACGCCAUAUUUACAAGCAAAAAUUACUUAACUUCAAGCUUCCAGCUCUUCAUUUUAGCAUUAUUCUAUAGAUAAAGCACCAUAAGCAUACCUUCGUUUGAAAACAUUGUAUUAUUAAUGUAUAAUAUUAAUGUAUUAAUAACCAAGUGGUUUAUUAUAUACUCUGAUGACGGUCACGCUUUCCUUUUAUAAAACUAAAGAGUCAGAGUAUAAUAAUUAUACUCUGACUCUUUAGUUUUAUAAAAGAAAAGCGUGACCGUCAUUUUUGAGCGAGUUUUAUGUGACAUACAAGAAAAUCUUCUUUCAAAUAAUCAUUUUUCUCAUAUUCAACAGAUAUGUGUCGGUCUAGGUUGGCAACCUAAAAAUGGUAGAUUUGAUGUUCUACCGUUGGUCCUUCAAGCGAAUGGCGAAGAACCCGAGGUGUUUGAAAUUCCUGAGGAUUUGAUUUUGGAAGUGAACAUAACUCAUCCAGAGUAGGUCUAACUACGCAAUAAUAUAUUGUCCAAUUUCCAGACAGUGAAAUUUUUUCAUCCUAUACCUUCAUCGAUGCCAUUGUUGAAGGGUUGAUCAGGUGGAAAUACACCCUUUCGAUGGGUCGGUACGAAGCUCUAGGAAGAUGUUCUGUGAUUGGUUGAUUAUGACAAUGACAAAAGAAUAAGCUCUAGAAUGGAUUUUCUAAAGAACGAAGCAAGAACAAUAUUCUUUUGUAGGAAGUAAGAUAUCACAUUGCUGAUUAUGCUGAAAAAAUAAAAAUGGAGGCCAUAUAAACACGAAGUGAUAGCUUACACUUGUAAAAUUGAAAUAUUUCGGUUGCUUCGGUAAAACUUAUUGAAAUUUUUCAGCAUAAUCAGCAAUAUGAUACCUUACUUCCCAUCAUCCCCUGCACGCAUAAACUAAAAGCUGGAAUUGCCUAUUAUAGUUCAAUUUAUAGCAGAUGCUCGUGGUAAAGUCUGAAGAUGUAUAUAAUUGUCAUUCGAAAUUUCCAUGUUUACAAAACCUUUCAGCAUUCAGUUCUGUCAAAGGAGGCGCCCAAAACCUUGAUAUCAAUGUCAUUCACUGCUUUUUCACGAAGAAAAUUUCGAUAAAAAGAUUUUUCAGUAUAUACCACUAACAAAUAAUAUUCUAUUAUAUAGAUACAAGUGGUUUGGUGAUCUAGAUUUGAAGUGGUAUGCCAUACCAGCUGUCUCGAGUCUGAUGUUGAAUUGCGGUGGAGUGGAAUUUACUGCAUGUCCUUUUAACGGAUGGUAAGUAAGCACAAAUAGGCCUUUCCAAGGUUAAGAACGCCAUCUUGAAUCUAUUGUUUUCACCAUUGUGUUUGCACCCCCUCCAAAUUUACCUAUACAAAAUUCCGUUGUCUUUGCACCCCUUGCACUAUUGUGUUUCAUUAUGGCGUCGUUAACCUUGGAAGGGUCUAUUCAGGUCCUCUAGUCGCGCGGGAAUAUUACUUCAAGCUAAGAAAUCACACAAUAUAUCCUUCCGGAAACUACGUCACUUUGGCUAUAGAGCCUCGUUUUCGUAUGUGGGACAUUGUCUAAAGCCCAGCAUCUCGGUCACUAAAACGAGGCUCUAUAUUGAGGGAAGUCAAUUUAUUUUUUCCUAGGUACAUGGUAACAGAGAUUGGAGCACGCAACUUGGGAGAUACGUACAGAUAUAAUAUGUUGCCGGUGGGUUAUUUCUCCUUUAGUAGACAAAAUAACUAUCUUAGACAGUGCAUUGGGGACCUAGCUCUCACCCCGCUUUAAAAUAUUGUAUGUUUAUAUUUUCCACUCGUCAGACUAUUGCAGAAAAGAUGGAACUAAACACAAGCAGCAAUGCGUCAUUAUGGAAAGACAGAGCUUUGGUCGAGCUGAAUCUUGCUGUUUUGUACAGCUUCAAGGUAUGAGAAUCAUUUGAAACUUGUACUCAACAAACUCAAUCAAAUGAAAUCAUCAUGAACUUGGCUGAACAAACCUUGUUUACGACAGAGAGGAAUCUACUGGGUGGGGGGGCCAUCCUAGCCUCCGCAAAGGGGGGGGGUCCAUUUCCUGAUCAAAACCAUCUUUUUAAAUGGAAAAGCACUAUCCUACCACCUUUACCACCAACUAUGCCCCUACACCCUGCCAGGGGCAGUGUUUGACCGACUCCCCAAAACACUGUUGCCCGUACCUCCUUCUAGCGAUUAUGGACUUGGUCAACGAUCGCAUUUUAAACCAUGAAGGCUCGCUGAACCCCUCGUCCCUAGCCGAUCUGGCUAGAUCCAUUCCUGGAUUAUAAUGGAUAGAAUUGGAUCUACAAUUGGAUCCAAGCGUGAUCCACGAACAAUGGUAAAAUUGGAUCCCAGUGUAUUCCCCAACAUUGUCCUCCGACAUGGGGCUUUAAAUUAUUCUCAAGUUCUCUAACCUUUUUUCUUUCAGCUUGCAAACGUCACAAUAGCAGAUCAUCACAGCACCACAGAGUCUUUCAUGAAACACGUUUCAAAUGAGGUUUGUCUAUCACUUCCAUCGGGCAGAAUGUUCUAAACAAAGAAAUACAAAUAUACUGUUAUUGCACUCUUUCCCCAAUGGCCUCGUUUUCAUGUGGUUAUUUACUCAUGUUUCGUGCACAGUAGGGUUAAAGAUAGGCUUUUAUAUAAUAACUACAGUCAGUGAAACACGCAAUUUGAUUGGUCAAUAGCCGUGCAGGAUUAUUAUUUUAUUAUUAUUAUUAUUAUUGAUCUUUAAACACGGUAACCUUUCACAUAGGUGAUUUUCAAAGGGCCGUGCGGAAAAUAAAUGCAUUAUAAAAGAAGGAACUAAUAAACUAAAUUAUACUUAUUUACAAAAUAUACUUAUUUACUUAUUUACUUAUUUACUUAUUUACAAGAUGUAAUUAUUUAAUAGAUGAUGGACAGAUUUUAAACUUGUUGACUCUCUUAGGGUUUUCAACAAGUUUACUGGGAUGUUGUUCCAAUACGCUGCUCCUCUGUACGAAAAGCUAUUUUUCAAGAAAUUUGUUUUUGGUUUAGGUUGAGACAGCUUUAAAUUACUACUGCGCAGUACGUAACCAUUGUUUUCGCAAGUGUGAAAUAGUUGUGUUACGUAUUCUGGAAGCAUGCCAUUAAUCGCUUUAAAUGUCAUAAGGAGAUCUCGCUUUUUCAAAACUAAGUCAAGAGGUUUCCAGCUAAGUUUUUGAAAAAUGUCCGAAGAUCUUAUAGUAUAGUCCGAAUUUGUUAUUAUUCUUGCUGCUCGUUUCUGAAGCUUAUAUAAUUUGUCUAAGUGUGUUUGGUUGUUAUUUUGCCAAACAGUUGAACAGUAGUUAAAAUGAGGGCGACUAAUGCGUUAUACAUAAUUUUGAGCGUAUCUAGGCCAACAAAAUCUUUGGCUUUUCUUAAAAGAUUAAUAUUUUUUGAUAUCUUGUUGCAUUGUUCUUCAUUUUGCCUAUUCCAGCUAAGUCUAUCGUCUAUAACUAUACCCAAAGCUUCCUUUUUAUAAACUCGUUCAAUUUGAUGUCCGUUUAUACUGAUUUUUGGCACGUGAUCUAAGUUUUUCAAUCGUUGCCGAGAUCCAAUAAUCAUAUAUUUGGUUUUUCGUUGUUUAAUGUUAGUUUAUUCGCUGAUAACCAUUUUUGAGCAUUUACUAGGUCUUUGUUAAGUUUGUAUUCAAUAUCUAUGGAUAAAUGCCCUUGACAUGAUAAAAUUGUGUCAUCAGCAAAUAAAUUAGAAUGUGUUGUUUCUAGGCAGUUGGGGAGGUCGUUUAUGUAAAUGAGAAAUAAUAGAGGUCCAAGAUUUGAACCCUGAGGUACUCCACAACGAAUUGUUUCAAUAUCAGAUUUACAGUUAUUUAGCAUGCAAAUUUGCUUUCUUUGAUCUAAAUACGAUUGGAACCAUUUGAGCGUGUGGUCGCGUAUCCCAUAAGCAUGUAGUUUUGACAAUAGAAUCUGGUGAUCAAUCGUAUCAAAUGCUUUUUUCAGGUCUAAGAAAAUAACCCCAUUUAUUUGAUCCUGGUCCAUUGAUUUCAACCACAUUUCAGUAGAUUGUAGUAUAAACGAGGUUUCGGUUGAGUGAUUGCGACGGAAACCUGAUUGAUUUUUUACAACUAUGUUGUUGUUAUCCAGGAAGGUAUUUAGUUGUCUACAGACUAAUUUCUCAAAUAUUUUGGCGAUAUUCGAAAUGACUGAUAUCGGUCUAUAGUUUUCACAUAAGGUUUUGUUUUCUGACUUAUAUAUUGGAGUCACUUUGGCAAAUUUCCAAUCAUCUGGAAAUAUUCCUGUCCUAAGAGAUAGGUUAAACACUUCUAGAAGUGAUUCAGUUAUUGUAUUGCCUGCCUGUUUUAUUAGCUUAGUUGAGAUCUUAUCUAGACCUGUAGAUUUUGCCAUUUGCAUAUUUUGUAUUUCUCUUUUCAGCUCAUAGCUUGAUAUGCUAUGAAAGUGAAAUACAUUUGUGACUUGGUCUAUAUAUGACAAAGGAUCAGGACUACAGCCAUUGUCAGCAAUGUUAUUUGCUAAUUUGGGACCUAUAGAAGUGAAGAAUUUAUUAAACUCGUCGACUAUGGCUUUAUCUUGUGUUACAUUUUUUCCAUGGUCUACGCUAAGUUCAUUAACAAUUGUGGUUUUGGAUUUCCUAUUAAGCAGAUUAUUUAAUGUAUUCCAACCUUCUUUGCUAUUUUUACUGUUUUGUAGUUUAGUGUUGUAAAAAUGAACCUUAGUUGCUUUGAUUCUUUUGUUAAGUUCAUUUCUACAACGUUUAUAAGCUUCGUGGUAAUUAGAAGAGUUAAAUUUGACCGCUUUUUGUUUCAAGUAGAAUUUAUGAUGCGCAAGGUUUUUUAUUUCGUUUGUCAUCCAAGGACAGUGCUCACUUUUGACUUUCCGAAUCCGAAGUGGAGCAUGCAUAUUUGCAAUAUCAAGAAAAAUAGUUUUCCAUACCUCCCACGCAUGAUUGGGGUCGGCAUAAUUAUAGAAGUUGUUGUGUCUUUGAAAUGCCAUUUUUAAGUCGUAUUGAAAUGCAGAUGAAUUAAAGUAUUUAAACUGCCUUGUUUCUACAAUUUUUGGUUCAGCCCUAGGUACUCCUACUUUGCGGCAAAUGUACACUAAACUGUGAUCACUCAGUCCUAAAUGUAUCACUCCAGAGUCUAUAAUUUUGGUAUCGCUUGCUUUAGUCAUUAUUAUGUCAAUUAAUGUUUUAGAUGUUGUCGUUAUUCUGGUCGGACUUGUAAUGUGUUGCUUUAGCUGAAACUCAUUUAUCAGAUCGGAUAACCUUUUUGUAUGACGAGUGGGACUGUUUGCCAUCAUAUCGCAAUUUAGGUCGCCAGUGAUAAUAAUAUCAAUAUUUGUAUCAUCUAGUUUUCGCAGUAACGUUUCGAAGUCGUUUAAUAUGAUAGUGUUAGAAUUUGGUGGACGAUACCAUGUAACAAUUAAGAGUGGUUUUGACUUAGGUUUUUGAAUUUCAAGACAAAUAGAUUCUAAGUUGUCUGGAAUGAAUUCGAUAUGGUUUUUAUAACUAAUGAUACUUCUUAUAUAAAUUGCUACACCGCCACCAUUUCGAUCUCGUCUUACAAUAUCAUAACCUGGUAUCUUAAUAAUCUUGUCGUUAAUUGUAUUGUCUAAUCUAGUUUCGUUUAUGCAAAGAAUGUCGAAUGAUAUUUCCUUCAUGAAUAAUUUAAGCUCAUCCAUGUGUUUCGGCAAACUAGUAAUGUUUAAGUGGCCAAUUUUAAAACCCUUUAGUUUUGGAUAAGACUUAUUAAUUUGGAAAGGAAUUUUUGGGCUUUUUGAGGUGCAGCGUGCUGGACUAUCGGAAUUAUCUUUGUCGACUAUAUUAUUAUCGCUGUGUCUUAUGUCAUUAUUAUUGUCGUUACCUAGUCAAUUCCUAUUAAGAAAUUGCUUUAUGUUUUUUUGCUAAGACUGAUGUACCCUGCUUAUUUAAGUGCAGUCCGUAGUUAUUUAAAUGGUUUACGUCAAUAUUAUUGUGCCUGAUAAGACACCAAUUUCGUUCUAUACAUAAUUGGGCUAAUCCCUUGUUAUAUUCGUUUACCUUAUCAGCCAAUGUUUUAUCGUCAUUUCUUGUUAUGAUUUCUGAUAAAACUAAUUCAAUAUUCCCGUUUUCUCGAGUAAUGCUCUCUCCAAGCUUUUGUACAUGUGUCAACAAUUCAUCUGGCGUCAUUCUUUGUAGAUCAUUGGUUCCGACGUGUAAAAUAAGCUUAUUUGGUGCCGUGAGUAGCGUUGGAUCAGGCUAUAUCCUGCACGAGGAAUUAAAAUGCCUUCGCGGGAUUCUCAAAAUGUCUUUGUUUCACUGUAGUUAUUUUAUAAAACAAUUACCAAAUGGUUUUCCGAACAGGAUAGCGUGAUCCAUGCACUUGGGAUGUUGCUCGACUUUCGUAAAGCGUAAAAAUACACUCGCCUGUGGCUCGAGUAUUUUUACGCUUUCCGAAAGUCUCGCGACAUCCCUCGUGCAUGGAUCACGCAAUCCUGCACGGAAAUCCAUUCGGUAUUCCUUUAGUGAUUUUGUUCAAGAUCAAAGAGGAACAUAUUCAUGCAGGAAACAUGGAGAUAUAACCAGGGUUCGCACAGGUCAAGAAGAGUCAUUAAAUUCAAGGACUUUCAAGGCCAUAUAUACCAGGAAAUUCAAGGACUAAAGGGUUGAAAAGGCGUUAGAAAUCAGUAAAAAGUGACGUUAAGCUGUACAAACGGCAACUUUAAUGAAUUUUAAACAGCUUUGGCCUUUGUAAGACAUGAACAAAAUCAACUUACAAAAUGUCCAAUUCUUAAUGCCAAACAAUUUAAAAAAAUAUCCACUAAAGCAAGAACAAUUUAAGGACUUUGAAGCAAACUUUAUUAUAAACUCAAGAACUUUCAAGACCUUGAAUUUUGUUUCCAAAUUCAAGGACUUUACAAGGAUUUUCAAGUUUUGUACGAACCCUGUAAACGAAAGUAAAUAAACAGUAAAGUCUAUUGUAUUGUUAUGCCUGUUUUCUACUUCAACCGUAUCGUACCUAAACGAGUAAACGUGUCUCUUUGCUUCCUGUGCUGUAGUGUGGAACUAAUGACUUCGACACAAAAGAAAAUGCUACGAUACGUUACGAUUGAAGUGGAAAACGGCCUUUAGUCUAUUCCAGUAGUAUGACAGAACAAAUUAUUUCUCUCGUCUUAGGAACGUGCACGUGGAUGCUGCCCAGCGGACUGGGUGUGGAUUGUUCCACCUAUGUCAGGGAGUACCACUCCUGUCUUCCAUUUGGUGAGUUCAGAAAAUUCAACUGAAAAUUAUGCAUGCACAUUUUUAACAUAAUAUUAUAAUUCUUAUAUGACACUUGCACGUUCUUGAAAACUUAAUUGAAAAGUCGCCAAUUUUUUCAGGAAAUGCUGAACUAUAAUCUGAAACCUUCAUAUGACUAUCAGGUAAAAAUUCACGAACUUCGCAAACCACAUCAAUUGCAAUCUUUAUCAGUAAUCGUAAAACAAUAUUUAAAAUUCUACAUGAUUUAACAGGAAGACCCCUGGAAAGUGUAUCAAUUUACCACUACAAAAAGACCAAAGAAAAGUAAGGAGUAAGGAAUGCAAAGUAAGGAAUUAUUUACAGUUAUAGUGAUUAUCUCAACUAUAUCUAUUUAUACACGUGACAACGCGCAAGUUGUUACAAUAUACAUGCAGAUCUGCAAACAAGUUGUAACAAGGUUGUUGUCAAGCCGAUAUCAGGAUGUGUUUGCACUGCUUGUUUCCAGUUGUUGUGACAAAUCUGGAGCAAGUUGUUAUCACCUUGUUACAAGGUUGAUGAUGGUUACAGUCUUGCUACAAGUUGUUCCAACAAGACUGAUACAGGCCUUGUCGUAACAAGUUGCUACGAACUUGUUGUCAUCAACGUGUUACGUGCAGAUGAUAUCACACUUGUUGGAACUUGUUGCGAGUCUGUUGGCCUCAUCAACCUUGUUACAAGAUGAUAACAACUUGUUUCAGACUUGCCAACAACUAGGAACAAGCGUCUUGCUGACAAGCUAUAAGAUUUUUACACGUGUAUCCUAUACUCUUUUUUUUAUAAUUGCUGACAUUCUCAGCUAUUUAUUCCCAUUUAUAUUUAGAGCGGUGAAGUUUUCAGCCAAGUUAAUGGGUCAGGCUAUGGCCAAACGACAGAAAGUGACUGUACUAUAUGCAACCGAAACAGGAAAGUCGGAGCAUUAUGCCAAUCUGUUGAAGGAACUGUUUUCAUAUGCAUUCAACCCUAGGGUAAGUAAACUACGGCGCACUUUAACAUCAAAUCAUUGUACCAUAGUCAUCUACUCAGGUCUUGCAGUACGACGUCUCAUCAAAAAUAAUCAGCCAUUUUGGGUGGCAAAAAUCGUUUAUUCAACCGACUACUGCACAACUGUGGACUAUUGUACCUUUUCAAAGUAUUCAAACAAAAGCAACAGCCGUUAUGCUCAGAAUUUCGCUGCUCACAAAGGGCUCUAUGACAGAUAUUGCGUUGCAAGGUGCAGCAGAAAUGUUGUCUCGUGUAACAUGGAAUUUCAAUGUUCAUAUUUUAAACAUGUUCCACCAAUGUUGCAGGUGUUUUCUAUGGAGGACUAUGAUUUCUCUGACAUGGAAUAUGAGGAACUACUCCUGGUUGUCACCAGUACCUUCGGGAACGGAGAUCCGCCAGAGAAUGGCGAGGUAAGAAUGGAGAACAUACUACAGUUUGGAAUACUUUGUGUUGCCCGUUGAAAUUUAUACCGUUAAUGUUGCGGUUAACCCCAUCGCGAAUAAGCCUCUCUACUUUACUAAGUCCUCUCUCUAUCAAUAAGGUCGCUUCUCUCUGGGGCCUUCCUCUUCAAAAGCGCCCCCCCCCCCCCUCAAACGUGCCUGACAUAAAUAAGCCACUGAAGAGCUGAAUCUCUAGAGCAUUUUCGAUAUUCUUCGUUUACACCUGACGUCACUGUGGCCAUUUUGGAGGAACGCUCACAAAAGAAUAUCAUUAGCAGCUCUUGUAUUUGGAGCGUGCUUUCCUCCAACAUGACCGCUAGGUCUUUGUCUUGUAAUUGUCAAGGGAUUAAUUGCAAACCAUCAACACCAAAUGAAAAGUAAAGCUAUUUAAUGAAGGGUUUGUGCGAUGAAUCAAACGUUUUCUGAAUUCUUGUUUUCAGAACUUUGCACAUGAUCUUUACGAGUUGAGGCAUCCUCCAACGUCAUCAUCCAGGUACUUUAUAUAAUAUUAUUUAUAACAUAUUAGACCUGCUCCAGAUUAAUCGGUUAUUUUAGACAAUCGAUUAUUCUUAACUAUAAUCGAAUCAACAAAACAGCCGUGCAUAGCAUGAUACAAGGAUAACUUUUUUGCGAGGAGAUAUAUUGUCGAUGUGAUCAAAUGACAAACGCAACUUGCUUUUUUAUUUCUCUACUACCACUAGCCCUCCCCUUUUUGCACUGUGGACACAUGAUUCGAUUAAUCGAUUAUGACAAUGGGCCGAUGGGCGAAGCUCUACAUAACAAGCAGUUGUAAAGCUAAAUUUGCAUGCAAACCUUAAUCCAAUAUGUUUCCCUAUUUUUUAGUGAAGUCCAAACUAAGUUUAAAAGAACAAUGAGUACACUCCUGAUGGAAAUGAACAAGGACGGCACGCCAAAAUCCAACAAUGCCAAUGAUGACUCACAACCACUUGCUAACCUAAGAUACCAUAGUUUGCAGUCUGUAUAAGCUGGUUUACACUAUAUCAAAGUUUCUGUGAUCAUAUUGGGAAUUUUGCACACGUAAAUUGCAAAGUUUUGAAGAUUUUAUAAGAAAUGUUUGAAGGAAGUGACUUAAUGUUUAACACUGAGUCAGUUCCCUAGCUCAAAUAUUUCUUACAAAUCCUUCAAAACUUAGAAUUUACCCGGAUGCAAAAUUACUACUGUGAUCAGAAAAACUUUGACAGUGCAAACCAGGCUUAUAAAUUUCGACUAUUUCUCUAAGUGCGACAGCAGCACCCACAGACAAUAAUACUCCACUAUAAUUAGCCUUUCUCACGAUGACGAAUAUCCGCCAUUUUUGGGUGGCAUCUAAUUCUCGUUAACCAAUGCAGACAAUUAAAGCAAUGGGAAAAGCUAUUUUUCAAAAUAAACUAACCAAAAAAUUAUAAAAAGUGGCUGUUAUGUGGACUUAUCUCGCAGACGUCGGCUGAAAAGCCACCCAAAAAUGGCGGCGUGAGAAAGGCUAAUUUGAUUGUACUUUAUAUCAUCUAGAUAUUCCGUUUUCGGACUUGGGUCCAAUGCCUAUCCCAAUUUCUGCGCAUUCGCAAGAUCUCUGGACAAACUUUUGUUAGAACUUGGAGGCGAGGCCAUUUUGCCGUUUGUCAGGAAGAGUCGUUUAAGAACUGGGCUAAAAAUGUAUUCAAGGUAUCUAAGAUGA